AUGUCCCAACAACCCGCUCAACCCAAUAGCCCCAAAAAGGAGGAUGGGUUGAAAAUAAUCCUAACAGGAGGCGCCGGCUGCAUCGGUUUCGCAAUCCUCAAAUCCCUCCUAACCCACCAUCCAACCGCAAUCAUACACAUCCUCGACAUUACCUCUCCAUCAUUCGCCGAUUAUCCAUUCAAUCUAUUCGAGCAGGUAUAUAAAAAUGGACAACUCCAUUUCCAUAACGCGGAUAUCACGUCCCCUCCCGCAUUGGGCAGGAUAUUUAAAUCCGUGAGACCGACAGUGGUUAUUCAUUCAGCAUCGAUUAUUCCUUCGGCUGCUAAGAAGAAGCGAUUGAGCGAUGAGGAGUUGUGGAAGGUUAAUGUUGACGGGACGAGGAAUGUGAUUGAUAUCGCUGAAAAGACUGAGGAGGUUGAGGUAUUGGUGUAUACGAGUUCGUGUGAUGCUGUCAAACCGGAUAGUUGGAUGGAUUUGGUGAAUGCCUCGGAAAUUCAGACGGAGCAUCUUAGGGAGGGGGAAAAGUGGGAUAGUGAGUAUGCUAGGACUAAGGCAAAAGCAGAAUCCCUCAUCCUCUCCCCAACACUGAGAAUAAGAACAUGCGCAAUCCGCACGCACGGCGUCGUGGGCACGCUAGAUGCAAAUCUGUUCCCUUUAAUAGCGACAAGUCCACGCAGGAUCAGCCUAGGCUCGGGGAAGAAUUUAUAUGAUUUUUCGUCUGCUGAUAAUGUCGGUUUGGCGCAUGUGUUGGCUAUGAAUAACCUACUUGAUUCUCCAGAUCAUAAAAAAGAAAGCGCAAAUCGGCGCGCUUUUUUCGUUACGGAUGGAUCUCCAAAACCAUUCAGGGAAUUACAAGAAAUGAUCUGGCGGAUUGUGGAUGAUGAGCCUGACAAAAGCUAUGGAAGAUAUACGGUUAUUCCGGUUUGGCUAUUUACGGCUAUACUGAAGAUAGUGUCGUUGUUUUCGAAGACGACUGCUAUCUCGCCGAGUGAAGUUGGUGAUGCGGUUGCGAUGAGGUAUUUUGAUAUUGGCGAGGCGAGACGGGUGUUGGGGUAUGAGCCUGAGGGGAAUAAGAGGUUGAAAGAGUCGUUUAGGGAGGCGUGGGAGUGGUGGAGGAGGGUUCAGAGUUAG